AUGAUUAGAGCUUGCAAACGUAUUGUUUCUAGUGGUUUAAGUAUUUCAUCGACGAAAUUCGCAAGACAAAGCUUUAGAUCUUUAAUGAGUUUGGUAGAUAAGAAUAAUGCGAAGGACCCAAAACUAAGAGAUUAUCAACAGACUGCCAUUGAUAAAUGUAUAGAGUCUAUUGAUUCUGGUACUAGAAGAAUCGGUGUCUCCAUGGCCACUGGAGGUGGUAAAACCGUUAUAUUUAGCAAUCUGAUUAAUCAACUGAAACAUAGGCAUAUUGCAAGUCAGACCACCGAUAGCAAAUUCCGUUCUUUAAUAUUGGUUCAUAGGAAAGAAUUGGCUCUACAAGCAGCCGAUGUAAUCAAAACUUUUGGUGAUGAUGAUGCUAAUGUCCAAAUAGAAAUGGGGAAAUUUAAAUGCGAUGUAGAGAGUUCGGAUGUCAUCAUCGCUUCUGUACAAUCUUUAAUAAGAAGAUUGGAUAAAUAUUCGGCUGAUGAUAUUAAUUUAAUCAUCAUAGAUGAAGCUCAUCAUGCCGCUGCUAAAACUUAUAUUAAUAUCUUGAAACAUUUCAAUACAGACGUUCCUGAAACAAAGAUUCCUGUCGUGGGUUUUAGUGCCACUUUUGAAAGAGCAGAUAAUAAGUCAUUAUCUUGCGCGAUAGAUGAGAUUGUCUAUCAUAGAGGUAUAGUUGAGAUGAUUGAUGAAAAUUGGUUAUGUGAAGGUAAAUUCACUACAGUGGAUAUUAAACUAGAAUUGAAUGAUGUUGAAUCAGUAGGCUCGGAUUUUAAAAUAAAUCAACUGUCCAAAGUUAUGAAUACUGAUGAAAUUAAUCAAGUUAUUUUGAAAACUUAUCAGGCUAAAAAAUUAGAAAAUAAUCUGAAAUCAACCUUGUUAUUUGCUGUAGAUGUGGACCAUGUUAUAGCCUUAUGUGACCUCUUUAAUAAAAAUGGUGUAAAUGCAGAAUAUGUAUUGGGGUCGACGAAUGAUGUAAAAAGAGAUGAAACAAUAAAGGAUUUUAAAAAUGGUAAAAUUGAAGUAUUGGUAAAUUGUGGGAUAUUUACAGAAGGCACAGAUAUACCUUCCAUUGACUGUAUAUUGUUAGGCAGACCCACAAAAUCAAGAUCAUUGCUGAUUCAAAUGAUAGGGCGUGGUCUUAGAUUACACCACUCGAAAUCUCAUUGUCAUAUAAUUGACUUCAUUGGAGCUGCGAAUGUGGGAGUAGUAUCGGUACCAACACUAGCUGGUAUAGAUGAAUGCACUGAAUCGUUAUCUGAACUAACUUUAGAAGACUUAAGGGAAAUUAAACAAGAGAUCGAUGCCAAAAUCUCUCAACAACAAAGAAAGGAAGAGGAACAACAAAACAUAAUAAAAGAACAGUUUAAUGAAUUGGUGAAAAAUGUUACAUCUUUUGACUUGACCCUGACAACUUUCGAAGAUUUUAAAAGUUUUAAUGAAUCAACAAACCAAUCCAAAUAUAAAUAUCGACUAUCCACAAGUUUGAAUGAAUUAACGCAACUCAGGCAAUCAAAAUAUCCUUGGGUUAGAAUUUCUGAUAAAGCUUGGGCUUCACCCAUAUUUGGCGAUGCUCAUUUGAGAUUAUACAAAGAAAGAGAUAAACCUAAUGACUCUUCUAACUCAAGUCUCGUUGACAAAUAUGUGUUAAAACUAUAUCGACAACUACCGACAUAUGUACCUAAAGGUGGGGGAAUUCGUUUUGUUCCAAAAGAAUUGAUUGUCAGUGAAGAUAUUAAAACUUCUUUGGGCAAAGCACAGCAAGUUAUGGAGAAAAUCUCAAGUGAUGAGGAGAACAAUGAAUAUGGAAAUGUUAAAAACUUUUCCAAAUAUGCAAAAUGGAGAUCUAAACUAGCAUCUCCAAAACAAAAGACGCUGAUUAGGUCUAAGUUGAAAAGUCUAAAUAAUAGCUCUAAUCCUUCUCCCAAUGCUAAAGAUGAUCUAAAAAUUGACGAUUAUAUAAAAACAAUGACAAAAGGAGAUGCAUCUAAUAUUUUGUUUGCCUCACAAAUUUCAUCAGUAUUUCCAAUUAGAGCAUUAUUAAAAAUGAUAUUAUAUGAUAAUAAAAAUUGA